AUGGAUGAUCCUACUAUAACUAGCAUCACUUCUACUGUUACAUUCGCUAACGAUGCCACCUCCACUACUCUUUUUACUUCUUCUUCUAUUCCUAAUAUCAUUUCUUCUAAUCCAUCAAUAAUACCUCAAGAUAAUUCUCGAAUACCUGGUUCGGAAAUAGUAAUAACGUUGGGUAUGUCUUUAGUAAUAGCCAGUGGUAUUUGUACUAUAUAUGUAAUAAUUAGAAUAUUGACACGAUGGUGGAUUUCGCGGAGAUCUUUAUCUAUGGCUUUACGUGUACCUUUUUAUAUUGCUAUCUCUGGUUAUCCCUGGCCCGAAAAUAAAUGUCGUAUAAUUGGUGCCAUAACUUUCUUCUUUAUCGGAUGCAACAUGAUAUUGGUUGGUACAUUAGCAGUACUUACUUAUCUACGAAUAUGUCGAAAAUGGUAUAUCGAUUUGGGAGCUAGUAAAUAUUGGUUAUUGGCCAUCACAUUAUUUUCAUAUACGAUGACUUUAAAACGAAUAAAUUCCAUUAAUUUUAAUCAAGAGCCACUAAGAAAGAUUAUUGGAUAUGUGUUGAUUUUUAUAUUACAGUGGACACCACCAAUGGUUUAUGUUAUGGAUGCCACUAUAAAUCUAGGUGGAGUAGGAAAUAUGAUUCAAUACAUUAUAAAUGAAGGAUUAUGGGAUAAUUAUGAAUCACCGCCAACUUCAACUGAUUCUACUUAUUUAUCAACAAUUAAUCUUGGUGCUGGUGCUUCUAAUUUUGGUACUUCCACUAUUGGAACUGGUGGUAUUGGCUUUUCUACCGUUGGAUCAUCUGGUAUUAUUGGCACAUCUAAUGCUGGGGCUACUACUUUACAUUAUCAACCUUCUCAAUAUUAUAAAAAUUAUUGGAAAAAUAACAAUGUAAAUGAUAAUGAAAGGGAAAAUGAUAUAGAGAAGAAAGGAAAUUUAAUAAGGAAAACUCAUAAAAAUGAUAAUAUAGAAGAAGUUGUUACCGUAAAAAUUGAAGAAUUUCCACCAAGCACUUUCACUUCCCUAACUAAUGAUUUCAAUAAUGAAUUAAAAAAUUAUGACCGAUCUAAUACUUUUGGUUAUAAUAAUCCAUCAUAUAUUUCUCCUUCUACUCCUCCUCACAUUAAUAAUUCUUCCAAUAAUAAGUAUAACAUUCUUGACAAUAAUUUAUUCCAUUCAUCACCAAUACAUUCACCAGUACGUAUUCCUUCCCCAGCCUCUUCUAGUGAUGAUAAGAAAGGAUCUAUUUAUAAAAUAGUAUUAACACCUGAUUCUCCUCGCAUGUGUAUUUGA